CAUUUCUUUCUUUAGACUUUUUAUCCAAUCAGAGCUCUGGAUCUUGCAUCUCGAUUUGUAUAUAAUGAGGACCUUAGACCAUGUCGAAACACCCUCAGUCUACUCAAGCCACGUGCCUUGAUCAAGACUUUUCGCAAAGUCCAGUAAUACAAGUUCGUGGUCUCCUGCCUGCUGAGUGAGCAACAUGGCGCUUGUCAUGCUACUGUUGGUCUCCGCCACCAUCUGUCUUACACAGAUUUCACCGAGCACCUCGCAAUCGGUGUGCGGUUACAUCAAUCUCUCUCCGAGCGCCGGGCAGGUGAAUUACGUGACAUCUCCUAACUUUCCGAAUCUCUACCCGAACAACGUCAACUGUUGGCGGGUGAUCAACGCCCCCAGUGGCUAUGUGGUGAGGGUGACUGUCCUGAACGCCGUGAUGGAGCAAGGAUUGGACUACGUCCAACUGUUUGACGGUCCGUCGGAGACAAGUCCUAGUCUAGCCAGGUUUUCAUCCAUGCCCUCACCUACAGUCUACACCUCUCAUGGCCAGAGCAUGUACAUCAAGUUUGUCACCGACGGUUCUGUCGUAUUUUCGGGUUUCAGACUGAGUUAUGAAGUCGUUCCUGCCCCAGCAUACGGUUGUCCUGUCAACCCGCCAACUCUCUUUGCCACUACUGGUCAAGUCGGCUUCUUGACAUCUCCUAACUACCCGUCUCAAUACGGCAACAACCUCAACUGUCGGUGGAUAGUUGAAGCUCCCCCUGGUCAUGUCGUCAAGGUCACCCUCUUGAAUCUGAACUUGGAGUUAUGCUGUGACUACGUCGACCUUCUUAACGGUAUUUCGGAUUCCAGCCCUAGCCUGGGCAGGUUCUCUGCCAUGCCUACAGUGGACCGCUACUUCAGUUCUGAACGGCACAUGUCCAUCAGGUUUCACACAGAUGGGUCUGUAACGAAUACUGGCUUCAGGCUCCGGUAUCGGGCUGUUCCCUCAUCUGCUCACCAAGGAUAACGACAUGGCGUCAACUGGGAUCUGAUUGGUCGAUAACUCACGUGACAUUGCGACAACUCCAUUAGUUUGCUACGGACGCAUUCUUUUGGCUUUUAAACUUUUCUCUGAGCUUUGAAAUAAAGUUUUUAGUGCACACGUGCACAUAACUA